GUCCGCAAUGGCGAAAGGCUCCAGACUAUCUUCAUCCCCGAGUCCGAGACUCGUCGUCGCACCACCUCCCUUCUCCUCUGCCCGUGCCGCCUUCGGCGGGGACACUUCUGGUACUGCGACGAACCCGACGCGCACUAUGGCACCCUAUCCAAUUUCAAAGAGCGCCAUUACUCCCCAUAUGGCGUCUUUAUUUGCCCAAACAAGUGGUGUGACGGGCAUCCGUACCCGCAUCACCCUUGUUACAGCACAGAGUAUGAAUGACGUGAGGGAUGAGGUGCUGAAGCAGGGCAACGGAGUGGAUAAGUGGCAGAAUGAUAUUGAUGAGAUGUGGACGAUUCUGAGGACGAAGGACUGGGAGAAAGACCACGAUCCGGGGAAGGACUACAAUGGAGGUUUGGACAAGAGGAUGAAGAAGUUGAGUAGGAAGCUGAAGGCAAGGGAGGAGCAGGAGAGGAGGGGGAGGGAGAGGGAUGGGUGA